GCGUCGCCUGUUACACCACGAGAAUUGCAAAUACAACUCGGGGGUCUGGCUACUGAGAGCUCAAUGUCAUGCAGUUUUACCAACGAACAGACCGACAUGCGCCACCUAUAAAUCACUGAUGUCUUUAGAUAUGGAUAUAUAAGGUUAUAAGAUAUUCUUCAAUAAGGCAAUGACCUCGUGAAGAGGUCCCCCAAUCUCCCUCCCCCUUCCUCGUCUGUAGUUAAAGGUCAACUGGUCCACCAUGUCAAUGCAGAUGUGUAGAGUGGUGGAGGUGAUGAUGCGCUCUGCAUGCUGCCAGACCAUCAGAAGUAGAUCCUGUUUGCACAAGGCAGCGUUGACCCCUGUGGGUCAUUCUGGCUUCUGUGUCCCUGGGGCUGCUGUGCUUCAUAGAAGGUCCUACAGCCUGGACUCUCUCUCUUCAGGUCCUGGUCGGCCCACACUUGGUCCAAGCUCCCAACAGCCCCGUGCAGAGAGGGCUUCCCCCUCCUCAGCACUCGCACACAGGAACCUGUCUGCUGUGGCUGUACAGGGCCAACGUCGUCCUCUGUGCCGGUAUGACUUCCUGGACCUCGGGGAGGUGGAGGAGAAUGUACGCCGUGCUCAGGCCUGUAAAGUAAUCCGACACUUCAUAGUGGACCCAGACCUGGCUAAACUGGUAACACAGCAUUUAGGACCUGAAGAUACUAAAACGGUUAUCUUCGAAUGUAACCCAGGCCCUGGGGUAUUGACUAGGACACUGCUAAAUGCUGGAGCUCAGAGAGUUGUGGCUCUCGAAGGGGAUAGGUUCUUCCUUCAUGAUCUACAGGAGUUGGAAGGUCGCCUUGAUGGUCAGUUGGAAGUAGUUCACUGUGACUACUUUAAACUAGACCCCAUUGGCAGUGGAAACCUUAAACCCCCUGUCAUGUUCACUGACAAACUGUUCACUGACCUGGGGAUAUCAGAGGCUAACUGGACUGAUGACGUCCCAGUGAAGGUGGUGGGUAUCCUGCCCCUGCGUAAUGAGCGUGGCAUGCUGCUGAAGAUGGUUUACGCCUUGUUUGAACGGCUGUCUGUCUACAGAUAUGGAAGAGUAGAGCUCAACCUCUUCAUAAGCGAGAAGGAAUACCUGAAACUGGUGUCAUGUCCAGGUGAAAUGAUGCACUACAGAGCCUUCAGUGUCCUCUGGCAGAUGGCCUGUGAUAUUGAACUACUGCACAAGGAGCCCUGGGAGUCAUUUGUGAGGUCUUCCAGACAGAGUAUACCUAGCGCUAAGGGCAAGCUUCCCAAUGACCACCUGUGCCUGGUGCGUCUGCGUCCGCGGGCUGAUCUCUUCUCUGCCGGCCUAACUCCUUCUAAUGCUUCAACUCUGCUGAUGAUGAUAAAACAGUGUCUGGCAAAGAGAAAGGUCAAGCUCAUUGACAGGCUCAAUCUCUGGUCUCCUGAUAGUGGGAGUAAGCUGUUAUCGGAGAUGGGCAUGCCGGAGGACAUAUUGACAGGCCAUGUAUAUCCAGAGGAGUAUCUUCGACUGUUCCAGCUGAUGGACAAGAGUCAGGAGUUUACACAGAGCUGGCUUUAUGAAGAGAUUCUGGAAAACACACAGAGGGAAGGUUGGGGCUAAAAUAUAGACCUACAGGUCAUGUGUAUAGUUUUAUAGAAAUGAAAUACAAAAGAAAACAAAAACGCACAUAAUAAUAUAAAAAAACAAAUACUAUAAAGUGUGAUUUAAUA